CCGAAAAGAGAGAGAGAAAGCAAAUCCAUAAGCAUAACAACACACAAAAAAGAUACCCGCCACCGCCGGCCGCUGCGAUGCUGCCGCAUAUACCUCCAGCACCACCACCACCACCACCACUACAUUAACUCCGUUAUACCAAUUUCCACUUCAAUUACUAUUGCCAAACAUCAUCAAUUGUCGGUUGAAAAUGUCGGUCCACAGUAAGCAAAACCAAACACGUGACAUGAAACACCGAGUACUCACAUGUCUCCACAAGCUUUCCGACCGAGACACACAUUCCUCAGCAGCAACUGAACUCGAAUCCAUCGCUAAAACACUUUCACCUGAAACAAUUCCACCUUUCGUUUCCUCAAUUGCCACAACUGAUUCUUCGGACAAAUCACCUGUCCGUAAACAAUGUCUCAAACUAAUCUCUCUUCUCUCCGAACAACACGGCGACUCUCUCUCUCCUCAUCUCUCUAAACUCCUCACCGCCGUCGUACGCCGGUUACGUGACCCUGACUCCGCCGUACGCGCCGCGUGCGUCGGCGCGUGUGCGUCGAUUUCGUCACACUUGACAAAACCUCCGUUUUCUUCAAUUAUUAAGCCGUUUUUAGAAGCGCUUUUUACUGAACAGGAAAUGAAUUCUCAGAUCGGAGCUGCCUUGUGUUUGGCGGCAUGUAUUGAGGGGUCACCAGAUCCGGAUAUUGUUUGUUUAAGGAAGUCGUUGCCGAGAUUUGAGAAGUUGCUUAAGAGUGAGAGCUUUAAAGCGAAGGCAGCAUUGCUUACAAUGAUUGGUAGUGUGAUCGCUGUUGGAGGAGCUAAUGGGAAGCAGAUUGUGAGGAAUUUGGUGCCGUAUUUGGUGGAAUUUGUGAGUAGUGAUGAUUGGGCGGCUAGGAAAGCCAGUGCUGAGGCUUUGUUGAGGCUCGCCGUAGUCGAGGGAGAUGCUUUAUCUGAGUUCAAAGCAUCUUGCUUGAAGACUUUCGAGGCAAAACGAUUUGAUAAGGUAAAAGCAGUGAGGGAAACAAUGAAUCAAAUGUUGGACGCAUGGAAGGGAAUCCCUGAUUUAUCUGAUAAUGGUUCCCCUCUUCCCGAGUCAAAUUCCUCUUCCAAAGAAAAUGCAAGUGAUGGACGUUACCCGCCUGGUUUGAAGACUUCCAGAGCUGUGAGCUCCAGUACUCCUAGUGUAAGAAGGCCGGCUAACAAGUCAUCUGUAGCAGAUAAUUCCACUGCUCCUGCAGCCCAAAAAGGUCGUCCUCUGGACAGCACUGAAAAGAAAUCAGGUCCAGCAAUCUUUCGCAAACUUGAUCGGAAGAAGCCGUGGAAAGUUGAUGUUUCUGCUCCUCAUGGUUCUUCUGGGGCCAUCGCUUCAAAGGAUUAUCACCAAAACAAAGACGGGAUACAGUUGGGCAAAGACGAGGAGUUGGAAGCAAAUACAAGACCUGCAGUCAAACGUACUCUUUUCAGUAAGAUCACUAAUGAAACCAGGAAUGCUGUGGGAAAGGCUGGAUCUCGUGUGGUUCCAUAUCAAGAUGAGAUAUCAGAAUCUACUGUAAUUGUGAGCAAUGAAACUGGAGAUCUGUGUAGGAACCCGAAAGAUUGUGAAGAUCUCUCUCUGAUCCGGAAACAACUUGUUCAAAUUGAAACUCAGCAGUCCAAUUUGUUAGAGCUUCUCCAGAAAUUUAUGGGGAGCUCGCAAAGUGGCAUGCAUUCUCUGGAGAGACGUGUUCAUGGUCUGGAGCUGGCAUUAGAUGAGAUCUCAUUGGACUUGGCUAUGUCAACUGGAAGGAUGUCAAAUACCGACUCUGCAGUCAUGUGUUGCAAGCUACCAGGUGCAGAAUUCUUGACUUCUAAACUUUGGAAGAGAACAGAAGGUCGCGCUGCAACUUCACACUUCUCUGCUUCUGCUGGAACCUCAUCAGCAGGUGUAAUAAGCAAUGUAGCUGGUGAGCUAGGAAAUGGUGAAAGAUUUAAGUUGGAGAAUAGGAGAUAUCGGCUCCACAGUAGUCGGGGGUUUAUUGUGAACCCAUUAGCCGAAAUUCAUGGUGAUGCCCAGGGAAUUUCUGCACCUUCAGUUGGAGUUUCAAGAAGUUCGCAAAAUGGUGUGUGAUAGUUUAUGUCAGGUACUUUAUAAAUAUCUGAUUUUUUUCCGAUUAAUUUCCAGCAUGUAUAGAAGAGAACAUGGAAGUUGUGCUUGGGAUGCAAUAGUCACAUAUAUGGAUAAAAUUUUGUACUCAUAGGGACUUGGGUGCAUAGUCAGUUUCUGGUCCUAAAUUGUGCUACCCUUCCCUGAGCAUGACUUGCUUUCAGGGAAGGGAACGCCCUGAGAGAAGUAUGACCACACAGAACACUUCCUUUCGUCAUUAAUUUGUAACCAACUAUAGUGUCCUCCUUUAAUCCACUUCCCAUUAUUUUUCAUGUGAGGUGUUGUUGGGAGGGUUGCAAUAAGUGUUUAUAAUAAAUGCACACUGGGGAGUGGGGAUAUCAAAGAAAAUCUGCAGUUUUUAGUACUAUAUAGCUUACACGUUUACAUUUUUGUUACUUGGCUCCUCGGCCCUGGAUCUUGUGUGCUUACUACUAGUGGUCCUCUUAAAAAUAUACAAAAGACAUGGCUGUUAAUAUGUCUACACAAUUCUUCACAAAUAUUUCUUGACUCGAGGAACAUACACUGAAACUGUUUUCCAUGGUUGCUUCUGUUUCCAGACUUUGAGACUCAGUUUAAUACUCAAUUCAGCUUGGACUCUGAGCAUUGGAGUAGGAUGUAAAAAUGAAUCAGGAAGCAGUUUCUUACUCGUAGUACUACUAUAUUGUGCAUUUCGGCCAUGGUUAUUCACUCAGAAAGCUUUGCCAAAUCUAUAACCUACCGCAGAUCAUUUCUGCAAACUUCCAUCAGAAUUACUUUUUACCUUUUUGAGUCUACGUUUUGAUAUUUCAAAGAAGAACAGAUAUUGAGGAAAGGAUAGCCAGACCACUAUAUGGCGUGUCUGAUAUGAAAGUUGGCGUUGUAUAGAAGGAUAUUUCGUUUCUAUCAUUUUUUUUUUCUUUCUAAGAAUUAGUUUCUAUUCUUUCUGAUGCAUUGUGAUUAAACUGUUUGAAAUGAUAUCAGAAUAUGUAAAUGGUUGUUGCCAGUGUCUA